AGACAUGCAGAGAGAGAAGGUAAGAAAGACUCUCGCACUUUAAGUACUUUGUAUCUUUCUCAAAAUUCUUUCUUUUCAGCCUCUCCUCCUCCCUUCUCUUCUCUCAUGUUCCCUAAAAUACUUCCUUCUUUUAGGUCAAAAGCUUAAGAGAGAGAGAGAGAGAGUGAGUGAGUGUGAGAGAGAGCACAAUUGCAAACCCUAGCUACUUAUAUAGGAGGUUUAACCUUUGAUCUUUGAAGUGCAAGCAAGUUUAACCUUUGAAAUUAUUUUCAAAGAAUUACGGGAUCCAUGAAUUCUAACAACUGGCUUUCAUUUCCUCUUUCUCCUACUCAUCCUUCCUUGCCUGCUCAUCUACAUGCAUCCCACCCUCAUCAAUUCUCUCUAGGGUUAGUCAAUGAUAAUAUGGAAAACCCAUUUCAAACUCAAGAGUGGAGUCUUCUUAACACUCAUCAAGGCAACAAUGAAGUGCCAAAGGUUGCAGACUUUCUUGGUGUGAGCAAAUCUGAGAAUCAAUCAGAUCUUGUAGCCUUCAAUGAAAUUCAAGCUAAUGAAUCUGACUAUCUCUUUUCAAACAAUAGUCUAGUACCAGUCCAAAAUGCUGUUGUAGGCGCCACUAAUACCUUUGAGUUUCAAGAAAAUGCUAGCAAUUUGCAGUCAUUAACAUUGUCUAUGGGCAGUGCUAGUGGUAAAGGUUCUACAUGUGAACCCAGUGGGGAUAAUAGCACUAAUACUGUUGAAGCUGCUGCACCAAGAAGAACUUUGGAUACAUUUGGGCAAAGAACAUCCAUAUAUCGUGGUGUAACAAGGCAUCGAUGGACAGGAAGGUAUGAAGCUCAUUUAUGGGAUAAUAGUUGCAGAAGAGAAGGUCAAUCUAGGAAAGGAAGACAGGUCUAUUUAGGUGGCUAUGACAAAGAAGAAAAGGCAGCUAGGGCUUAUGAUCUUGCUGCACUUAAGUACUGGGGAACAUCCACCACUACCAAUUUUCCAAUCAGCAACUACGAGAAAGAAAUAGAGGAAAUGAAGCACAUGACCAGGCAAGAAUUUGUGGCCUCCAUUAGAAGGAAGAGUAGUGGCUUCUCUAGGGGUGCAUCCAUGUAUCGUGGAGUUACAAGGCAUCACCAGCAUGGUAGAUGGCAAGCAAGGAUAGGCAGAGUUGCAGGAAACAAAGAUCUCUACUUGGGAACUUUUAGCACUGAGGAGGAGGCUGCAGAAGCUUAUGACAUAGCAGCAAUAAAGUUUAGAGGGCUUAAUGCAGUGACUAACUUUGACAUGAAUCGAUAUGAUGUGAAGAGCAUUCUUGAAAGCAAUACUUUGCCAAUUGGAGGAGGGGCAGCCAAACGGCUAAAGGAGGCUCAAGCAAUUGAAUCAUCACGAAAAAGAGAAGAAAUGAUUGCUCUUGGCUCAAGUUUUCCAUAUGGAUCAACUUCAAGCUCUAGCAGGCUACAAGCUUACCCUCUAAUGCAGACACCAUUUGAGCAACCUCAACCUUUACUUACUCUACAAAAUCAAGACAUUUCUCAGUACACUCAGGAUUCCUCAUCAUUCCACCAAAAUUUCCUUCAAACACAGCUUCAUUUGCACCAGCAAUCUACAGGGUCUAAUUUCCUGCAUAACCAAUCAAACCAAAACCCUCAAUAUUACAAUAGUUAUAUCCAAAACAAUCCAGCUUUACUUCAUGGAUUGUGGAACAUGGGUUCUUCAUCAUCUGUAAUGGAGAAUAAUGGAAGUUCUAGUGGGAGCUAUAGUACUGGAGGUUAUCUGGGAAAUGGGCUGGGAAUGGCUUCCAAUUCAACAGGGUCUAAUGCAGUAGGAUCAGCCGAGGAACUUGCACUUGUCAAAGUUGAUUAUGAUAUGCCUUCUAGUGGCUAUGGAAGCUGGUCUGGGGACUCAGUCCAGGGAUCCAAUCCAGGUGUUUUCACUAUGUGGAAUGAGUGAUCAUCAGAUCUUGGAAAUGGAACCAAAAAUGUCUAUGAUCAAGAGAUACAUGGAGGUAAAAGGACCAUGCAUGCAUGCAUGCAUGAUGGGGACUACAUAUUUACUAUGCUUUCUUUAUGUUUCAUAAAGCCCUAGGAGUUGAUUUUUAAAGAAAAACCCUAAAGAGGCACGUAGCUAGCUAGCUAGGGCCUUCUUUGAUAAGUUGAAAGCUUUCUUUUAAUUUUGUUAAUGGUAUAACUGCUCUUUUUUAGGAAAUGUAGCUACGGUUUUAACCGGAGAAGAUGAACUGACUUGACCCUAAAUAAGAUUUAUAGGGUUUAUACUUUCCAUGUCAGUUGUUUAUGGGUCUAAUAAAUGUGACCCAAAUUUUGUACUGUGCUAAAUAUCCACCUUAAAUUCUUACCAUAUCUAUGAGUCUUCCGGUUCAA